AUGGACACCAUGGCAUCGUACGCGACUCCGGAGCAGCAGGCCGUGAUGGCUACGGUGGAGCAAAUGCAGCUUCAGCAGGCGGCCAUGGCAGUUGACAGGACUUACAUGAGCGAAGUUGCCUCUCUCACCGAGCCCGAUCCUCAAAACAUCCACAACAUUUAUUUUCGUGCAAACAACACCGAAGUCCAUCCUUGCGAGUACUUCCUGCAGCCCCAGGACGUCACUGUCCCCUACUACGUCGCUCCAAUCUACGAGAGCUACGUUCCCCCUGGAGGCUCUGUGAUCAGCCACAUGCCGCCCCAAAUCAAGAGAAUGAAGAAGCGCACGUGCUGCUGCUGA